UUGGAGGCUGCAGCCAAACAGAGCCGUGUUUCUGAUGAAGCUCAGGUCAGCGUGACCAGAGCAGCAUCCAUAGAGCCAAGAACCCAGCCAAGCUCUGGACGCCAAACCAGACAUUCGAGACCUGAAGUCAAGCAGAGGACGUUUCUGGAAAACAUGACCCAUCCACCUCCCUCCAGCAUUUUGCAGCCGAUCAGGAUAAAAACCUGGAGGGCCAGAGAAAGCUGCAAACUGUCUGAAGCUGAGAGCGAGAGGCUGGAGGAGGCUCUGGAAGAGGCUGUGAGGGUGGUGUCGUCUUUACUGUCAGUGAACAGAACCAUGGGAACCUUACUGCUGAGCAGAGACAUCAGGAAAUACUGCAAGUUUGUCUGGAGGAAUUCAAGCCUGCUGAACUACAACAGGUGUGGAAGAGUAAAUAAAAACUACAGAACUGAAACGUGUCUGGAAGUCACAAUCCCAGAAGACCAUCUGUCUGGAUGCUACGUUUACCCAGAGAGCGACUCUCCUCGCAGAACCGUCAUCAGACCAGAAGGAGCCGGACUUCCUGACACCGACUUCCUGAUUUACAUCCACGUACAAGCCACCGACAAAUGUAGAGCAGAGCCAGGCGUCCUCGCCUACGCCGUCCACUGCCAGACGGACGCUGGGGGACGUCCUGUGGCCGGUGUGGUGGUCCUCUGCAGGGACAGGCUGAGCGCCGCUCCCUACAGCCACCAGGCUACAGUUCAGACUCUGAUCCAUGAGAUGUUUCAUACACUCGGCUUCUCCAAAGAUCUCUUCAGCUCCUGGCGAGACUGUUCAUCACAUCAAGGAGCUUCAUGUUCUCCUCGAAAUAAAGUGAUUCACUCAGACGGAUCAGGACAGACGAGGAUUUACACUCCAGGCAUCGUCUCAGCCCUGCAGAGACACCUGAUGUCCUCUGACCCCGAGCUGGGCGGGCCGCUGGAGAACCUGGACGAAUCUGCGGGCAAAGUUUCCUCGCACUGGGAGUCCCGGGUCCUGCAGGGAUCCAUCAUGGCGGCGGCGCUGGGAGACCCGACCACAGUCCGGAUCGACCCGGUCACGUUAGCUGCGCUGCGGGACACGGGCUGGUACUCUGUGAACCUGAGCCGGGCUCAGAGUCUGGUCUGGGGAGACGGUCAAGGAGCCAAAUUUGGUUCUCUGUCCAUCUGCAAGGAAAACUCCUCAACGUUUUUCUGCUCUGGAAGUGGAGUUGGAUGUCACUUCCUUCACCUCCACAAGGGGAAAUGUCAGACGGAUCCGUACCUGGAAGGUUGUCGGGUCUAUAAGCCGCUGGAGAAUGGAAGUGAAUGCUGGAGGAAAGAAAACACAAGAUGGCCUCCUGCAGAAAACUGGAGCGGAGAGAUUUUUGGUUUUGACAGCCGCUGCUUCUUCUCCAGCCUCAUCAGACAGGGAAGUGACGUUUGGACCAGCAGCUCUGCUGAGGGUCGCUGCUACAGACACAGAUGUUCUGGACCCAACAGGUACCAGAUCCAGGUGUCUGGCUCCCAAUGGGUGGACUGCCCAGCAGGGGGCGCCGUUCAGGUUAAAGGAUACAGAGGUGAAGUGUUUUGUCCUGACAGACGGUUGUGUCUCUACCCUGAUGUUUCUCCUCCUAUAGACAGAAACUCAUCCUCUGGUUUCACCACAUGCGACCCUGAAGGGACAAUCAUUUCACCCCAGGAUGUGACCUGGUCUCCUCUCAGGUCAACUUCACAGGUCAUGUGGCUCUGCUCCGGUGCUGCUGGGUGCGUCCUGGUCGCUCUGCUGGUUUCGUACUGGAAGCGUAGGACCUGUAUGAUCAGGAGCAGCUCUGUGGCUCCAGAGGAUCACAGCCACCUGUAGAAAACCAACUUAAAAAUAAAAAAAUAACAGAACCGUGAUGCUGAAAUCUGAGAUGUUUUAUAAAAAUGACAGGAUGAU